UUAGUAUAAACAGCUUCUCCUUCGUUCAAUCUUCAGCUUCAAGAUUAAUUUCAGAAUUCCAAGAGAAUGGCAAGCAACGUGGAAGCAGGAAAAGGGAAGGUGGUGUGCGUGACAGGUGCGUCUGGGUUCAUUGCUUCAUGGCUCGUCAAGCUUCUUCUUCUUCGUGGCUAUUCUGUCAUAGGCACAGUUCGUGACCCAAAUGAUUCAAGAAAGACAGAGCACUUGAUGAGACUGGAAGGAGCAAAGGAGAGACUGAAAGUGACAAAAGCAAAUUUGUUGGAAGAAGGUUCCUUUGAUUCUGCUGUUGAAGGCUGUGAUGGCGUCUUUCACACUGCUUCCCUUGUCGCCCUUGGUGUCAGAGACCCUCAGACUGAAAUUAUUGACCCAGCAAUUAAGGGAACCCUCAAAGUUCUUGAAUCAUGCAAAAAAUCGCCAACGGUGAAACGAGUCAUUUUAACCUCUUCCAUGGCUGCAGUUUUAUGUAACGGAAGGCCUUUAAAUCCUGACGUUAUAGUUGAUGAGACGUGGUUUUCAGAUCCAGAUAUUUGUAAAGAAUAUGGGGAAUGGACGGGCUACGUACUUUCGAAGACUUUAGCAGAAGAAGCUGCUUGGAAAUUUGCAAAAGAAAACAACAUCGAUUUGGUUACUAUCAAUCCAUCAAAUGUUAUUGGACCUCUUUUGCAACCAACGCUGAAUGGUUCUUCUGCUGCUAUUUCAGUCUUAUUCAAUGGUGCCCAAACAUUUCCAAAUCAUACCUUUGGGUGGCUCAAUGUGAAAGAUGUUGCAAAUGCUCAUAAAGCAUUUGAAAAUCUUUCUGCUAGUGGAAGAUAUUGUCUUGCUGAGUCAGUGAAACAUUAUUCAGAAAUUAUAAAGAUUUUACAUGAACUAUACCCAAUGUUACAACUUCCAAACAAGUGUGCUGAUGAUAAACCGUUCAAUCCAACAUAUCAAGUUUCCAAGAAAAAAGCAAAGACGUUGGGGAUUGAAUUCAUUUCACUUGAAGUAAGUUCAAGAGAGGUGGUGGAAAGUUUGAAAGAAAAGAAAUUUAUUGACUUUUAAAUUGUGAUGUAGCCAACCCAUAAUAUCUUUGUAGAAUGUGUAUUAAUUAUCAUUAUCAAGAUUUUGUUUAAAAAUUGCAUAUUUGGAUUGAACCAAUUUCUAUUGUAAUAAUGCAAACAUGUUUAUUGUAUGUGAAGAUACACCAUCUGCUCCUAAAUAUAAGGUUUAUAUAAGGGUUUUGGUUUGGUUUUAAAUAUAAGA